CAAGUUUGACUAGUCUUGUUUCUCUUUCCUCUGUUGUCGCCAAAAUCCUCAAAGUUACCUCCUUUCUUGCUCUGAACCCCCUUUUCUAUAUUGGGUCUCUUCCCAUUUCUCCAUUUUUGGUUUUGGUCUCUGAAUUUUGAAGAUCUCAUAGUGAUAGUCAUAGAGAGAUGUCUGUUGAUUCAGCUGAGCAUAGCAUACGAGGUGUAGCCACUCAUGGUGGACGCUAUGUUCAGUACAACAUCUAUGGCAACCUCUUUGAGGUUUCUACAAAGUAUGUCCCUCCUAUUCGCCCUGUUGGAAGAGGUGCUUAUGGAAUUGUUUGUGCUGCUGUAAAUGCCGAGACACGUGAGGAAGUUGCCAUUAAGAAGGUUGGCAAUGCAUUUGACAACAGAAUAGAUGCCAAAAGGACCUUAAGAGAAAUUAAGCUUCUUCGGCACAUGGAUCAUGAAAAUGUGAUGUCCAUUAAAGAUAUUAUUCGACCUCCACAGAAGGAGAACUUCAAUGAUGUUUACAUUGUUUCUGAGUUAAUGGACACAGAUCUACAUCAAAUAAUACGUUCCAAUCAACCAUUGACUGAUGAUCAUUGUCGGUAUUUUCUAUAUCAGUUGUUACGAGGGCUCAAAUAUGUACAUUCGGCGAAUGUUUUGCACCGUGAUCUAAAGCCUAGUAACUUGCUACUGAAUGCCAAUUGUGACCUUAAGAUUGCAGACUUUGGUCUUGCUAGAACUACCUCCGAAACUGAUUUUAUGACCGAGUAUGUGGUUACUCGAUGGUAUCGAGCUCCGGAGUUGCUUCUUAACUGUUCUGAAUAUACAGCAGCCAUUGAUAUAUGGUCGGUUGGUUGCAUACUCGGUGAAAUCAUGACAAGGCAGCCCCUCUUUCCAGGGAGAGAUUAUGUUCAUCAGCUGAGACUGAUCACAGAGCUGGUAGGUUCACCUGACGAUGCCAGCCUCGGAUUUCUUCAAAGUGAUAAUGCUCGUAGAUAUGUAAAACAGCUUCCACAAUGUCCAAAGCAAAAUUUUUCUGCUAAAUUUCCCAACAUUUCUGCUGGUGCCAUUGAUUUGCUAGAAAAGAUGCUCAUCUUUGAUCCAAGCAAGCGCAUUACAGUUGAUGAAGCUUUGUGCCAUCCUUACAUGGCACCACUCCAUGAUAUUAAUGAGGAACCCGUUUGUCUAAGACCGUUCAGUUUCGACUUUGAGCAACCGUCAUUCACUGAAGAAGACAUCAAGGAACUCAUCUGGAGAGAAUCUUUGAAGUUCAAUCCUGAUCCACCAAUUUACUGAAAGCUUGCAUUAACUGUUGUAUAUGCAUAGUGACUGAAAUACUUGAUGACUCCUUUAAGAGCUAUGAUAUGAGACUACUUGAAAAGUUGAAGAUCUCUACAUGAUUUGAAACAUAUUGGAGAUACUAAGAUUCAUUGUGAGAUACUAUGUGGAAAGGAUCAAAAGAUGCCCAAGAUUACUAGAAGGUUUAGCAUAGACUUAGGGACCAUACUUUGAUUUACUGAACUGUUACUGCUAGAUGAGGAGAAUAUACACAAGAUCCUUUAAGCUUUGGUUACAGAAACUGAUAAUAAUAUCUAACUGUAUGUCAUAAAGUGUAAGGGUUUGUUACUUUGUUAUUGUCCAAAAUAUUUGAAAGAAAAUAAAAAUAAAUAUUGUUGCUUAAGGAAAA